AUGAGCAGCGACACCUGCAGGGACACCACCAACCGCACUGGCGGCAACGUAGAGGCAGAGGAAGCUCACGGUUCUCCUUCAGGAGAGUGUCUGGUUUGCUUUGACGACAUAACAGAGGAGACAUACUGCGAGUACAGAGUCCCUGGAGACAGCCGGUGGCACCCCGCGUGUUUCUGUUACCCCUGUAUCCAGCAACUGCAGCAAACACAGUUCAAACGGUACUGCGAUGGAGUCUCGCACUCCACGUGCGCCAAGGAGCAGAGAGCGUUGCUGCACCGGGGGCCUCCCAUUAACCUGUCGGAUCCACACGCCUUCCCAGUGGCGGAGCGCACUGAAGUGGAGGCCCUCUGGAUCGCUGCCACCAAGCAACAGGCGUCUGCCAAGCUAGAGGGUAGUCUCACAGGCGAAGCCCGUGAGAAGCUGUGGAACGAACUCCAGGCAUUUCUAAUCAAAGAUGAGCAGGCGGAGGACUCAAGGGACAUCUAA